ACUCCUCGAGCAAUCGUAUCGACUUAUCAUCAGCGUCAGAGCAAUUCAACCCAGGAUUAUGCGCUGAACUCCGCCCACCUACCUAUGACCGUAGACGAGCUUGUAUCAACAGAUUCACUUAUUUACGCAUCAUGUAUUCUAUCAUAUAUAUUACGACCGCGCAUAUGAUGACAAGUCCAUAAUAAUAUUAUCGUGAGUGUCAUACAUUUUAAAGCGCUAGUAGAUUUUCGACGAUUUAUUUAUUUUUUGAUCCGAACGCCCAAUGUGGUCUUAUUUGAAUCGUCCAGAAUUUUCAAUACAGUAAAUCAGUAGACGCAAUUUUUGGUAGUGUACGAGUAUUUAAUUUCAUAUAACCGGGCAUCGUUCGCCGUAUACAAUAUCGGUGUUUAUUCUCACCGGCUGGCACCCUGACGUAAGGAAAUUCCUUGGCGAAAUUAGAAUGUCGAUUACGAUCUCCGUCGUAUUGCUCGCGAUACUGUUGGCCAUUCGAUCAUCCGAUGGGCAAUUCGAACCCGCAGCGGCUGUCGCUGAUGGUCUGCCGGGACCGUGGAUAUCCGAGCUGUUUUACCAGGCACUCGCCAACUUUACGGUUCGGAACGUCGGCAGCUCCGCUUGUCGAAUCCAAUCUGACUUGUACGACAGACAUUUGCGGAACCACACCAGUUGGGCGGUCAGAAUGGCAGAGUCCUGGAACCGAUAUCCGACCGGCAUACUAGCAGGCAACACAUACCACAUGGGAAAUUACGACGAAUGCGUGGACGUACGUUAUCCAGUGAUUGGACAAUAUUGUUUGUCUGAAAUAAAAUUAAUACCUCCGACGGGUAGAGAUUACAAUUUCAACAGAACGGAAGAUCUAGACGAUUUCGGCAACAAAAAUGCGUGGAAAACAGUACUCGGAUGGGGCAAUUAUCCUGACCAAGUGCAACGAAACAGUUUGAAUUUAGGAAUAUGUAUUCCAAAUUCUUGUUCGGCAUUAGAUCUACAAAUAUCGUUGCAAAAUAAACUGGACGCAGUAUUUGCGCCAGAGGAAUUCAAAACCGUCGUAAGAGUAGAUCCGAUACUGUGCACUGUCAAAGGAGACAUGUAUCCUCACGACACGCCGUUCUACUUGACCAGCACGUUGUUUUUACUGAUAUUUUUGAUUUGUUGCGGCACAACCUUCUAUCAUUUCAUAAGAAUAUUAAACUGUACAAAUUCAAAAGAAACCAGUGAAGGUUUAAAUUCAUUUUGCAAAAUAUUUUCUUUUAUUGAAUCAAUCAAAGCAUUGUUAAAAUACGAUAAAGACAACGAACUGAACGUAAUUUAUGGUUUUAAAGUUUUAACGAUGUUGGCCGUUUUAUUGGGUCACAGAUUAUUUUAUUUGUUAGGUAAUCCUAUGAGUAACCCCAAACUUGUUGAAAGCAUAUAUCUCAGCGGGCCAAAUAUUAUAUUGACUAGUACGAAUUUGGUUGACCCAUUUUUUUUCAUGAGUGGUGUCCUAAUGCAGCUAACUUGUUAUAAGUCAUAUCAAAAAGUAAAAUCCGGAUCGAUUUUGAAAAAAAUCACAUCGCCUAUUAUCCACCGAGUUUCCAAAAUGUUACCGGCGUAUUGUGCAAUGAUGGCAAUCACUGCGCAUAUCGUACCCCACCUUGGAGAUGGACCGCUGUGGCCACAGAAAACAUGGAACGAAGCAGAAAUUUGCAAAAAUUAUUGGUGGACCAAUCUGUUGUUCAUAAGCAAUUUAGUCGAUAUAAAAUAUGAAUGCCUCAUAGUAAGCUGGUACGUGUUAUGUGACGUUCAGUUUUUUAUAAUUGGAGUCAUAAUCCUUUACGUUUACACGAAGAAUACCAAAUACGGAAUCGGAUUACUAGGUACAAUACUGGGUUUAUCGAUAACCAUACCGUUUCUAGUAACGAUUUUAUCAAAAAUAGACGGAAUAGAUAAAAUGCAGCUUCCAUUUUUAGAAAAUUUAAGAAUUUUCAUAUCUUUAAAUAAGUCAUAUAGAUUGAGUUACAUGCGAGCAACUCCUUUUUUCUGUGGUUUAGCCACGGGCUUUAUCGUGGACAAGUUGAGGAAAAAUAAGUUUAAAUUUUCACAAAUGACAGUAUACUCCGGAACAUUCGUUGUUUUCAUGAUUUGUAUUUGUGUUCAGCUUUACGGUGCCAGAUUCUACACUCGACAGAUACCUUAUUAUCCAUUGGAACAUGCUCUGUACUCAAUUGUCAGUCAUUGUACGUGGACGGUACCAAGUAUUUGGGUUGCCGUUUGCCACUUUACGUCUGGAUAUGGACCCCUUACAAUCUUAUUUAACAAUAAACUAACUGUGAUUUUGGGAAGACUCUCGUACUCUGUUUUUUUGGUGAAUCUCACUGUCAUGAUGAUGUCACAAAGUUCACAAAGAUUGCCUGUUUACUUCUCAACAAAAUCAGUGAUCGAUGCUUGGAUAUAUGAUACAGUUAAGAGUUAUCUGAUGGGCUUAGCGUUACACUUGGUUGUUGAAGUGCCGUUUGCUAAACUGAUUAAACCAUGGAUUUAACAAGAAUAAACAUUAUAAUCGUU